GCUCUCGCUCGUCGCUUGCUGUCUGCGCCCGGUGGAUUUCCGUGUGGGUCGCCGAGCCGCCUCGCUGCCCCUCCCGCCCAAGGAUUUGGCUCCUUAAACACACAAAAGCAGAUUUCUGAGCAAGCCGGCUCGCAACCUCUCCCAAGCUCACCAUGGAUGAUGAUAUUGCUGCACUCGUCGUUGACAAUGGCUCCGGAAUGUGCAAAGCUGGUUUCGCUGGGGAUGAUGCGCCUCGCGCCGUGUUCCCUUCCAUCGUUGGCCGUCCCAGACACCAGGGUGUGAUGGUUGGCAUGGGUCAGAAAGACAGCUAUGUCGGUGAUGAGGCACAGAGCAAAAGAGGCAUCCUGACUCUGAAGUACCCUAUCGAACACGGUAUUGUCACCAACUGGGACGACAUGGAAAAGAUCUGGCAUCACACCUUCUACAAUGAGCUGAGAGUUGCCCCUGAAGAACAUCCUGUGCUGCUGACAGAGGCUCCCUUGAACCCCAAAGCCAACAGGGAAAAGAUGACACAGAUCAUGUUUGAGACUUUCAACACCCCAGCCAUGUACGUUGCCAUCCAGGCUGUGUUGUCCCUGUACGCCUCUGGCCGUACUACUGGUAUUGUGAUGGACUCUGGUGAUGGUGUCACCCACACUGUGCCCAUCUAUGAAGGUUACGCUCUGCCCCAUGCCAUCCUUCGUCUGGAUCUGGCUGGCCGUGACUUGACUGACUACCUCAUGAAAAUCCUGACUGAGAGAGGCUACAGUUUUACCACCACAGCUGAGAGAGAAAUUGUGCGUGACAUCAAAGAGAAACUGUGCUACGUUGCGCUGGACUUCGAGCAGGAGAUGGCUACUGCUGCUUCCAGUUCCUCCCUGGAAAAGAGCUAUGAACUUCCUGAUGGUCAAGUGAUCACAAUCGGCAAUGAGAGAUUCAGAUGUCCAGAAGCCCUCUUCCAGCCCUCUUUCUUGGGUAUGGAAUCUUGUGGCAUCCAUGAAACCACCUUCAACUCCAUUAUGAAGUGUGACGUGGAUAUCCGUAAAGACCUGUAUGCCAACACCGUCCUGUCUGGUGGUACCACCAUGUACCCAGGCAUUGCUGACAGAAUGCAGAAGGAGAUCACAGCCCUGGCACCCAGCACAAUGAAAAUCAAGAUCAUUGCCCCACCUGAGCGCAAAUACUCUGUCUGGAUUGGUGGCUCCAUCCUUGCCUCGCUGUCCACCUUUCAGCAGAUGUGGAUCAGCAAGCAGGAGUAUGAUGAAUCUGGGCCAUCCAUUGUCCACCGCAAAUGCUUCUAAAACAGGACUAGUUUACCACAAUAACAUUUUUCUCUCUUUUUUGACAAAAGCCCCAUAACUGCGCAUAAAAACGAGAGUUGAGAUUGGCAUGGCUUUAUUUGUUUUGGCGCUUGACUCAGGAUAUAAAACUGGAACGGUGAAAAAUUGACGGCAGCAGUCUUUUUAAAAAAAAUUACGUUGGAGCGAACAUCCCCCAAAGUGCUACAAUGCAUCUGAGGACUUUGACUGUACAUUUGUGUUCUUUUUUUUUAAUCGUCAUUCCAAAUAUUGUAUCAUGCAUUGAUUGAGAGGAAGUUAAACCAGCCUCUAUGGAGGCAACAGCCCAGCUUGAAGGAGCAGGAGUACUUUCUGGUGUUCUAGAACAGUACAGCUUGUAUGUUAAAAGAAAACAAGUGUCUUUCUGUAUCUUGCGCCUUAAAACAAAAAAACACUUGGUCCUCUUCUGAUUUUUCUUGUGGUCAUGCAAAAAAAUAAAAACGGGCUGUGCAUGUUUCUCUUCUUCCCAAUCUCUAGAUGUGAAGGCUUACAGUCUACCCCCAUUCUCUCCCGCGGGGAGAGUCCUUGCACAAAUUUGGUGCCAGUAUAUGUAUACAGGAUACAGUAGGGGUGAAAACUGUACACGACUUAACAAAGCAGUUCCAAUAAAGAUGCACAUUAUAGA